CAUAACAAACGAGACGGCAGAGCGAUAAGGCAGGGAAAAUUGUCAGAAAAACCGACAAAAUCCGCCAAGAAAGUCAACGACUUGGUUCAAACGAUAACCUUCUCUCUGUUUUAAUAAGAAGCAAAAACCAAGAGACUAUCCUCAUCUCACAAAAAUUUGGUUGGGAACCAUGGAGUUAUUGUUCUUGAUUCUGUAUAUCUUGCUAACCAUCACUUUGGUCCGAGCCUUCCUUUCACUAUUAAGAACGAGCAAACCAGGCCCGAAACUUCCACCAGGGCCGGUGCCUCUUCCGGUCAUCGGAAGCCUUCUAAAACUAGGUGACAAGCCCCACAAAUCCCUGGCCGUGUUAGCCAAGAUAUAUGGCCCAAUUAUGAGCUUGAAACUGGGCCAAAAAACCGUAGUGGUCAUUUCUUCACCAGCUUUGGCGAAAGAAAUACUCCAGAAGCAAGAUCUAGCCUUCUCUACCAGAUCCAUUCCCAACGCUGUCCAUGCCCACGGCCACCACAAAUACUCUACAGUUUGGUUGCCGGUGGCAGAUCAGUGGCGGAGCCUCAGAAAAGCCCUAAACUCCAACAUAUUUUCAGGUAACAGACUUGAUGCUAGUCAAAAUUUACGGCGGCAAAAGGUGCAAGAGCUCAUUGAGUACGUCGGGAAAUGUUGCCAAGAGGGCGUCGCAGUGGACAUAGGCAGCGCAGCCUUCAAAACAUCCCUUAAUUUGUUAUCCAAUACCAUAUUUUCGAUCAAUAUGGCCGACCCAACUCAAGAUUCAGUGCAACAAUUCAGGCAUUUGAUUUGGCAGAUUAUGGUAGAGCUUGGUAAGCCCAAUUUGGUGGAUUACUUUUCAAUACUUAAGAAAAUUGAUCCACAGGGAAUAAGACGCCGGUUGAAGAGUCAUUUUGGGGAUACUUUUGAGAUGUUUGGUCGGCUUAUUGAUGAACGGUUGAAGUUGAGAAGAUCGGGUAAGAAUGGUGCAGAGAACGAUGUGAUAGAUAUUCUGCUCAAUAUCAGUGAAGGGAAUGGAGAGAUCAACAGAACUCACAUUGAGCAUCUGUGCUUGGACAUAUUUGGAGCUGGGACUGAUACAACAUCGAGCUCAGUUGAGUGGGCAAUGGCGGAGCUAUUGCGCACUCCUGAGCCAUUACAGAGAGCAAAAGCCGAGCUUGAACAAACUAUUGGCAAAGGAAAACCGAUAGAGGAAUCGGACAUUCCACGACUUCCUUACUUGCAAGCAAUCGUGAAAGAGACGAUGAGGUUACACCCACCUGUUCCAUUGCUAAUCCCUCGCACGGUUGAGACAGACGUUGAAGUUUACGGCUACACUGUCCCACAGGGAGCGCAAGUGCUAGUUAAUGCGUGGGCUAUUGGCCAUGACCCAAGUGUAUGGGCAAACCCGACGUCAUUUAUGCCUGAGAGGUUCUUGGACUCGGACAUCGAUAUCCGAGGGAGAGACUUUGAGCUGAUUCCUUUUGGAGCAGGAAGAAGAAUUUGCCCCGGAUUAUCUCUAGCCAUAAGGGUUGUCCCGCUGAUGUUAGGUUCGCUCAUAAACUCGUUUGAUUGGAAGCUUGAAGGUGGAAUUAAGCCAGAGGAGUUGGACAUGGACGACAAGUUUGGCAUUACUGUACAAAAGGCUCAGCCCCUCCGUGUUGUCCCAUUCCAUGUGUGACAGUUUGAAUUUUCUUGUAUUCGGUGAAUACGUAUGUAAUGCGGCGAAACCACGAUUACUGGUUUUCUUGCUUCUGCUUCCUCAUCAAUGUGGUUUUUGUUCCAUUUUUUCCUUUACUAAUAAUAAGGCCAACAUGGCUUUAACAUAUGUUAAAUUUGUAACACCAAAAAAAAAAAAAGUAAUGAACAUUACUUGAGGGCAUCUUUUUAGACUGGGACAA